AACGAUUUAUCAUAAUGUUGAGUGGUGAGCUUGCAAAACAGUACCAUGUCAUAUGCUUUAAUGUCCUUGCAGAUAUCUAAAGCUGAUGUUGAAGUUGAUUGAAACACUUACUUCGGCGACAAGUAAGAAACAAGACAACAACAUGGCAAGGACAUCUAAUUAUAGCUGAUUCCCUGCACUGCUUAAGACCUCAGUCUCCCCCAUACACGCAUCUUCCUAGCUUAUUGAUCUAAUUAUAGCCAGCUUUUUGGAGGAAUUUUCGAUCAACUAGUGGCUAAUAUAUCAGUAUCAAAUUAAAGAUUCAACAUGCCAUUUUCAAACAUGCACGAAUUUACUAACGAAGCCCCUCCUGUUGAUAUAGAUACCACACAGGAUAAGGGUAUGUUGGUACUUUUAACGGUGGUAUCUCAUGUCCCUCCACGGAUGGCUUAGUAAGAUUCAAAAUCCGGUUAUGAAGCGAAAUAGCAUCCUGAGCCACCAACUGUCACGAAUUUGCCAUCUUUGUUCUAAGGAUCAUCUGAUAAUUACAGCAUCCUCCACACUAUCAUCUCAUAUGCAAUUGCGUUUCUUUGUGCUGAUUUCAUUAGAGCUUCCUGUAUAUACAGCUCGAGGAGAAUUAAAGGAAUCCACGAGGCUAAGAUUGCUUGGAUCAGCCAACUGUCCUGUGACUUUUUUUUGUUAAGUUAACUCGCAAGCUUGAUUGUAAUUAUGGCUUACAACGAGUCACGGAAUGAUGCAGCAGCAAAAGAGAAGGCCAUAGAUGAUUGGCUUCCAAUCACUUCCUCUAGGAAAGCCAAAUGGUGGUGCUCAACCUUCCACAAUGUUACUGCCAUGGUUGGUGCUGGUGUCCUUAGCCUCCCCUAUGCCAUGGCUCAACUUGGAUGGGGACCAGGAAUCGCCAUACUUGUUUUGUCAUGGGUGAUCACGUUGUACACUCUGUGGCAAAUGGUCGAAAUGCAUGAGAUGGUGCCUGGCAAACGAUUUGACAGGUACCAUGAGCUAGGGCAACAUGUGUUUGGAGACAAGCUGGGUCUCUGGAUUGUUGUGCCGCAGCAACUAAUUGUACAAGUUGGAGUAAAUAUUGUCUAUAUGGUUACUGGAGGAAAAUCAUUGAAGAAGUUCCAUGAUGUGGUUUGCCCCAACUGCAAAGACAUCAAGCUAACAUACUUCAUCAUGAUUUUCGCCUCAGUUCAGAUGGUACUGGCUCAUCUUCCCAAUCUAAACUCCAUUAGUGUUAUCUCGCUGGCUGCAGCAGUCAUGUCCUUAAGUUACUCUACAAUUGCUUGGGCUGCCACGCUUAACAAGGGGGUUCAGCCUGAUGUCGACUACAGCUAUAAAGCUAGAACUAGAACAGGAGCUUUCUUUGACUUUAUCACUGCCUUGGGUGAUGUAGCCUUUGCAUAUGCUGGUCACAAUGUGGUCUUGGAGAUUCAAGCAACAAUCCCUUCUACUCCAGAGAAGCCUUCCAAGAAACCCAUGUGGAGAGGAGCUUUCCUUGCAUAUCUCGUCGUCGCCUUCUGCUACUUCCCAGUUGCCUUGAUUGGAUACUGGUGUUAUGGCAACAGCGUGGACGACAACAUUCUAAUCUCACUGCAGAAACCAUCUUGGCUUAUUGCAGCUGCUAACAUGUUUGUUGUCAUUCAUGUUAUUGGAAGCUACCAGAUAUAUGCAAUUGCAGUGUUCGACUUGCUGGAAACUGCAUUGGUGAAGAAACUCCACUUUUCUCCUUCUUUCAUGCUUCGCUUUGUUACUCGCACGGUAUAUGUUGGGCUCACAAUGCUUGUUGGUAUAUGUAUUCCAUUCUUCAAUGGCCUGCUUUCUUUCUUCGGAGGAUUUGCUUUUGCCCCAACAACAUACUUCCUCCCCUGCGUCAUGUGGCUUUCCAUCUACAAACCGAAGAGGUUCGGCUUCUCUUGGACAGCAAAUUGGGUCUGCGUUAUACUAGGCGUUCUCUUGAUGAUACUGUCACCCAUUGGUGCUCUAAGGCAUAUCAUCCUUACAGCCAAGGACUACGAAUUCUUCUCAUGAACAUCGUUCCAAAAGCGAUCACAAAGGCAGGGCAAAUUUGGAGAGAGGGUAUCAACAAUUAUUUUGCUGGUUGUGCCCUCAGCAGGAAACUCGAAUUUAACAAUUCUGGAAUUUAUGUUAGGGUUUCUCUUCAUAA